UAAAGGAAAACCAAAGUUAUCAACCUGGAAUUCAUUUGCAAAUUGACUGGAAAAAGAGGCAAAAAUUAGUGAGUCCAAGCAGCGGUGGAUGCCGGAGAAGAAAGAAUGGAAGCGUUCCGAUACAUCUAAAGUUGAUAGGCGUAAGCCAGCUGACAAAUCCCUACCUGGUCUGUUCGCGGGAGCCACGGGAGAAUCUUUACGCGCCAGCUAUGGAACAAAGACGUGCCCAAUUCACCAGUCCACUAAUCACUCUUUGCAAGAGUGGAAAAGUUUUAAGAGAAUGUUGACUAGCGAAAAGGAGAAAGUUGUUGAGGAACAUAAACUAUGCCUGUAUUGUCUAUUACCCGGUCAUCGUCUGAGUAAGUGUCGUAGUAAGAAUAGAUGCAGAGUCGAGAAUUCUGACAUGCGUCAUCAUACCCUUGUACAUGAAGUUGAUUUGAAAUGUAUUGAACGAGCAAAAGCGAAACGUGAAUCAGAACGAGUGUCAGAAGUUGAGAGAGAUCCAGCACCUGUCUCCGUAGAAAGCGAAGGCUCAUCACCAUGUCAGACUGUGGAGCCACUCGACGGGUAUCGCCAAUCAGCAUACACAGGUUGUGAGACUGGUGGUCGUGCUUUGGUUGGAAUACUUCUCAUAGUUUUCUUUGGAGAAAGAGGAAAACAACAAGUGAUGGCAUUGCGCGACUCAGGCUGUAACACGACACUUAUAGAUGAAAGCUUAGCGCUCUCACUUGGGCUUCAAGGCAAAGAAGUAGAUCUCGAAAUUCAAGGAGUAAACGUGCAGAAGGUGUUUACUUCCCAGCACAUCAAGAAAUGCCAUGUCGCACGAGUCGGAAAAGAGGAAGUCAAGUACUCUUUGCGAGAUGUAAAGACAAUUCCCAGCCUGAAUGGUCCGGAUCAGAAGUUGAAGGGGUCGACAAUCAAGCAGGAGUAUCAACACCUGAAGAACUUGGACUUAACAUGACACCGACACGGG